AUGUUCUUUGAUAUAUUAUUAAUAUUAAUUACGAUUACAUUAUGUUUUGUAAUAUUUUACACUUGGAAUUACGAUUAUUGGAAAAAACGCCGUAUUCCAUAUGAAUCACCAAUAUUUCCAUUUGGUAGCAUAAAAGAUGCAUUACUUUUGAGAAAACCUUUAGGCUCAAUUAUACAUGAACUAUAUUACAAAUAUAAAGAUUAUAAAUAUUUUGGCAUAUUUUUCGGACGACAUCCGGUAUUAUUUAUUCGUGAUCCAGAACUAUUUAAAAUGGUUACAGUGAAAAAUUUUAAUGAUUUUCAAGAUAAUACAGCAUCAAUGAGUGAAAAAUCUGAUAUAUUAGGUGCAUUAAAUCCAUUUAUAUUGAAAGGAGAACGUUGGAAAAUAUCACGAACACAUAUAACCCCAGCAUUUACUUCAUUAAAGAUCAAACAAAAUAUGUAUCCUAAUAUGGUUGAUGUUUCGGAACGUUUAAAAAUGUAUAUAACCAAAAAUUUGGAUAAUUUUUCUAAUGGUAUUAAAAUACAAAAUUUGGCACGAGAUUUUGCUAGUGAAAUAUUUACAUUAUGUGGCUUAGCAAUCAAAACGGAUGCAUUUGAGGAUUCAAAAAAUCCAUUUAAGAUAAUCGCCCAUGAAAUGUUUGAAACGGAAUCAUUUACUGGAAUUUUAAAAUUCAUAUUAAUGAUUGUCGAUCCAGCAGUGUCACUUUUACUUCGAACAGCAUUAAUGUCAAAAACAGCCGUUGAAUAUUUUCGGAAAGUGAUAAGAGAUGUUCGCCUUCAACGCAAGAUAAAUAACAUCAACACAAACGAUUAUUUCAGUUAUUUGGAUAAACUUCAAAUAGACAAUGCCGAUUUUUCCGAGGAUGAUUUAGCAUCGCAUAUAGUAACGUUAUUCAUCGAUGGUGUGGAAACAACUGCUAGUACAAUUAAACUUACGAUGGCGGAAAUUGUAGCAAAUCCACGGAUAUUUAAAAAAUUGCGGGAGGAAAUUGACACAAUUAUGGUGAAAUAUGAUAAUAAAUUAACGUAUGAUGCUCUGCGCGAUAUGACUUAUUUAGAUCAUUGUAUAUCAGAGGCGUUACGUAUGCACCCAUUAUUCAUGUUUUUUAUGCGAAAUUGCACAGCUGAUUCAUUUCAAUUCCCACCUCACAAAGAUGGUGUAAAUCGUGAUGUAAAAAUUGAUAAAGGUAUUUCAGUACUCUUACCGGUGUAUGCGUUACAACAUGACGAAAAUUUACAUGCAAAUCCUAAAACAUUUUAUCCAGAACGAUUUAGUGAUGAAGAUACCAAAGUUCAAUCAAAAGCUAUUUACUAUGGUUUUGGUGAUGGUCCACGAAUAUGUUUAGGUAUGAAAUAUGCACAAUUAGUAACAAAAAUUGGAAUAUGGGCCAUGAUUUCUAAUUUUGACAUUGUACUUAAUGAGAAAAGUAAAUAUCCGAUUAAAAAUGCUGGACCAUCAUUUAUUUUUGUACCUGAAGAUGAACCACUUUUAAAUUUUUACAAACGUGGAGAAAUUUAUAGUCGAUAAGAUUUGUGUAUUCAAAUAAAAAUUUUUUUUAAAUACUCUGAAA